AUGUCCUGCCCAGAGAGAAAUGAGGAUGAAUCUGACUACGGAUCCGACUUCACUCCAGAUGAAGAGGAUCUGCUGAACCAUUUGUUGAACAAAGCCGCCGCGGAACACGCGACCGACGCCAACGCCACUUUCAACUCGACACCAACCUGGAUCCCGACCCCAACGCCGAUCGAACACAUCACCGCGCCAAAAUCCCCGGAACUCGUUGAUCUUGAGACUUUGCAACCGGAAGCUCGAGUAGCACUCGUAGAUAUCGAGGAUGGCUUUGAGCCAGCUAGCGUCCGGUCGCCUAAGGUGCUGGGUCGGGAAGGGCAUCGCUCACCAUGGCGGCAGUCGCAGUCUCGACCAGGUCAGGCCGUUAGAUGGGGUCCGAGUGCGAGUGCAAUGGGGAGGUCAAGUCCGUAUGCUGGCAACAGCAACAGGCACAGCCCGUUUGGUAUGCUUUUUCAUCUUUCCUUUUACUCUUCGCCGUUGAUCGUCCACAUUUUCCCCAAUGGAUUGGUCCCAUUACAUCCAACCCGAAUUGAGCUGACGACAUCUUCUCCCAAGCGUUUAGUCGAGAACUCAAAUUCAACCGAGGGCCGAGUAAAGGAACGCGAGCGCAAUGCAGCGCGCGCGCUCGAAUGGACACAACAGGAUCCCGAAGCCGCGGCGCUCGAUACUCGAUCCCCCGUCGAACGGUUUCGGCAAGCGCCCAAUAAAGCAUUCUCGGUGACCGAUCUCGUUUCCCCAGCUUGGUGCGAGCUGCAGUAUUGGUUCACGUUGACCAAACAUGGGGGGCAGAAGAAGAGGACUGCUGCGAUGAAGAAGGGGAGUUCCAUGCACAAGACCCUUGAGGAUGAGAUCUACACUACUGUCCCCGUGGAAAUCACGACUAAAGAGGAUGCGUGGGGUCUCAGGGUCUGGAAUGUCAUCCAGGGACUGCGUAUGCUGCGUGAAUAUGGUGUUACGCGUGAGAUGGAGGUUUGGGGCGUUGUCGAUGGGGAAUUUGUCAAUGGCAUUAUUGAUCAGUUGUCCUAUGAGUGUCCGGACUCGGACCUCGAGGCUACUGCUGCUGGGUACUAUGCGGAUGUUGUAGCAUCGCGUGCUGCGCUGCCGGAGUAUCAGAUGUCCCUGUCGGACUUUUUGCUUUCUUCUUCGCAAGGUGGGAUGAAGCUUUCAGACUUUGGUCAGAGUGAGACCGAGCAAACGGGGCACGUUGAGCAGGAACUGCCUGCGGCGGUCUAUGACCUACCCCGGAUUUAUCUGACAGACGUGAAGACUAAGGGUAACCGAUCACUACCGAAUGUCAAAAGCACGGGGUUUCGGCCUACUCUUCUCCAGCUGCAGCUCUACUACCACAUGCUCAAUCGGCUGAUCACGAGCGACGAUGUAACCAUCGACCUCCUCGCCGCUCGUUAUGACUUCGACGCCGAGAAGCCGUUCACGAACGCCUUCGUCUCGGAGGUUGGCGGCCUGAACGACCAGUACUUCGAUGCGCUCUCCUCACAAGAAUCCGAACAUAAUGAAGGUCCUUCUAUUGGUAGCCAGGACUCAACCGGCAUCCUCCUAAAACACAACAACCUCUCCAGUCUUUGGAUUUCCCAGCCAGAGCUCUUGGAGCCUUACUCAACCCUCCUCUCGCCGGUGCUCACAGCUCGGUACCUCUCAUCUGCCGCCAACGAAGACGCAAAGAGACAGCUCAUCGGAAGCCGAUCUUUCCUUUUCGAUCCGACAUCCCUCACCUCCCACCUCAACGACCAGAUGACCUGGUGGCGCGGCAAGCGGGAUCCCCGCGGCGUGGAUAUCAUGGACGCGUGGAAAUGUCGGAUCUGCGAGUUCCGCGACGAGUGCUCUUGGCGCGAAGAGCGUGAGAUGGCUUAUGCAAGACGGGGUGGAGGUCGGAGAGCUGGGCCCAUUGCGGAUAUAUGA